AUGGAUGAAUGUUCAGUGGGAAGAAUAAAAGUACCUGAACAGACUCCUGCCUUAUUAGGGAGUACAACUAUGGCAGCUAGUCUCAUGGAUGUAGAAAACUCAUUUGGUCAAACUAGUCAUUUAGUGAAUAGACUUAGAAAUAUUUCAGAAGAAGAAGAUGAUGAUGUUGUAUUUAUUGAAUCUGUACAGCCUCCUUUAGUUUCUGCACCAGCAGUGGUUAAUCAAAGAAAUAUAUCAUCAAAAAGGGAUACGCUGCAAGGACCAAGUUGCAUAAUUUUUCCUCCUUCAAAAGAGUUGACUUCUCAGAACUUAAAUAUAAGUGAGACAAUUGUCAUUGAUGAUGAAGAGGAUAUAGAAACAGAUCAUGGACAAAAGAAAAAUUCUUUCGGUUUUAUUGAAUGGGGACUUCCUGGAAUUAAAAACACCAAAGAUUUGGAUUUCUCUGCUUCCAGUCUUUCAAGAAGUAAGAGCAAGAUUGGAGUAGGACCUUUUAAUCCUGGUAGAAUGAAUGUGGCAGGAGACAUGUUUGAGAAUGGAGAAUCUGCACCUCAUCAUAGUCCUGAUUCUUGGAUCUCCCAGUCAGCAUCAUUUCCUCGUAAUCAGAAACAACCAGAGGUAGAGUCUUUAUCACCAGUGGCCUUACUUCCCAAGAUUUUCCAGCCUUCUCUCGAGCAGCAAGUUACUAAAUCAGCUAAAAUCACUUGUGCAAACUGCAAAAGACCUUUACAGAAGGGGCAGACAGCUUACCAACGAAAAGGAUCAGCCCACCUCUUUUGUUCUACCACCUGCCUUUCCUCCUUCCCUCAUAAGCGUGCUCCAAAGAAACGCAGUGCAAUGUGUAAAAAAAAUGCACCUGCAGAGAAGGCUGCUGCUAUUGCUCAGGUGGAUUCUAGCAAAUCUUCUCAAGAAUUUUAUAAUACCUCUUCAUUGUCUCCCUAUGAGGACAAACAGAAUCUUGGAAAAAGAGUUCUGAAUAAAUCGAGGUGUACAAUCUGUAAUAAAAUAACAGAGAUUCGCCAUGAAGUCGGCAUUAAUAAUGUAACUCAUAAACUCUGCAGUAACCAAUGCUUUAAUAAGUACAGAUUGGCCAAUGGUUUAACAAUGAAUUGUUGUGAACAGUGUGGUGAAUACAUGGCCAGUAAAAGUGCUGGAAACGAUGUCCUGAUGAUUGAAGGUCAGCAGAAGAGAUUUUGCUGCCAAAGCUGUGUUAGUGAAUAUAAACAGAUGAUAGAAACAAAAUCAAACAGAUUAUCAUCGCCAGAAAACAGAAAAAGAAAUGAUAUAGACAGAGAAACAGAUGGAAGAAUACUAUAUGGACUGUUGGAUACACCUUUGGAAAAAAGAGAUGGAAUACCAGAAAAAAAGGAAAAGACUUCAGAACUACAGUUUUCAGUGGAAUGUAACAUGAGUACAUCCAUGAGGAAAGAUGAGGUGAAUUUACCUUCUUCCAUUUCAGCCACAGAUGGUACAACCGUACUUGAACAUCUAGAAGAGGAAAACUCAACUGUACCAGUUUUACUUUCUGCAGAUCCAGGUACAUGGCCUCGAAUUUUGAGUAUUAAACAGUGGGACUGCCUUGUUGAAAAUGACCCUCCUCAAGUAAGAAAUUUCAACUUUCCAAAAGACAGUACUGGGAGAAAAUUUUCAGAAACUUACUAUACGCGAAUUCUUCCAAAUGGUGAAAAAACUACUAGAUCCUGGUUACUUUAUUCUACCUCAAAAGAUUCUGUGUUUUGUCUGUAUUGCAGACUCUUUGGGGAAGGAAAAAAUCAACUGAAGAAUGAGCAUGGGUGCAAAGAUUGGCAGCAUUUAUCACAUAUUCUUAGUAAGCAUGAAGAAAGUGAAAUGCACCUUAAUAAUAGUGCUAAAUAUUCAAAAUUUAAAUCUGAUCUAAAAAAAAAUAAAACUCUAGAAGCUGCAGAACAAAGAUUAUGUAAAGAUGAAAAAAAUGAUGAUGUGUUACUGUUAUACACCUAA